UACAACUUUCCCCAGAAGUGCAUCAGAUAGUUGUUGCUGAGGAGGUAACGGGCAGUCAGGACUUUAAAUCAUCAACGAUUUAAAAAGCUCCACAACUAGGAACUUGUCAGGAUGCGUGAGAUAGUGCAUGUGCAGAUUGGGCAAUGUGGUAACCAAAUCGGGGCCAAGUUCUGGGAAGUUAUUAGUGAAGAACAUGGAAUUGACCUCAAAGGGAAUUACAUUGGAGACUCGGACCUCCAACUUGAGAGGAUUAAUGUGUAUUUCAAUGAGGCACAUGGUAACAAAUAUGUACCCAGGGCAAUCCUGGUGGACCUGGAGCCUGGAACAAUGGACAGUGUACGAGGCAGCCGUAUCGGACAGAUCUUCAGACCAGAUAACUUCAUUUAUGGUCUCUUUUUUCCUCUUCAACCACCUCCCCCCCCCCCACCUGGCUGUAGGUAAUUCAGGUGCUGGAAACAACUGGGCCAAAGGUCAUUACACAGAAGGUGCUGAGCUUAUGGAAAACGUGAUGGACAUUAUGAGGAAUGAGUGUGAGAGCUGUGACUGUUUACAAGGCUUCCAGCUCACCCACUCACUGGGAGGAGGAACAGGCUCAGGCAUGGGCACUCUCAUCAUGAGCAAAAUCCGAGAGGAAUAUCCUGAUAGAAUUAUGAAUAGCUUCAGUGUUGUACCUUCACCAAAGGUCUCAGAUACUGUGGUUGAACCGUACAAUGCCACCUUGUCCAUCCACCAGCUGAUCGAGAACACAGAUUCAACCUUCUGCAUUGACAACGAGGCUUUGUAUGACAUUUGUUUUCGAACCUUGAAGUUGGCCACACCAACCUACGGUGACCUGAACCAUCUGGUUUCCAUGACAAUGAGUGGUGUCACCACCUCCUUGCGUUUCCCUGGCCAACUCAACGCAGACCUGAGGAAGCUGGCAGUCAACAUGGUCCCAUUUCCUCGUCUGCAUUUCUUCAUGCCUGGUUUUGCUCCAUUGACAUCCCGUGGCAGCGAGCAGUACCGUUCACUGACAGUGCCGGAGCUUACUCAGCAGAUGUUUGAUCCCAGGAAUAUGAUGGCAGCCUGCGAUCCCCGCCAUGGCAAGUACAUGACCGUGGCGGUAAUCUUCAGAGGCAGGAUGUCCACCAAGGAGGUGGAUGAGCAGAUGUUAGCCGUCCAAACUAAGGACAGCAACCAUUUUGUGGAUUGGAUUCCCAACAACGUCAAAGUGGCUGUGUGUGACAUUCCACCACGUGGGCUCAAAAUGUCUUCUACCUUCAUAGGGAAUAACACUGCUAUCCAGGAGCUCUUCAAGCGCAUUUCUGAGCAGUUCUCAGUCAUGUUCAGAAGAAAGGCUUUUCUGCAUUGGUACACAGGAGAAGGUAUGGAUGAGAUGGAAUUCACAGAAGCAGAAUGUAACACCAACGAUUUGGUCUCCGAAUACCAACAAUACCAAGAUGCUACCGCAGAUCUUGAAGAGGAAGAAAGUGAAGCAGAACCUACCAAAUAACUAAAAGAUAGGGCAAUUUAAUGAGACUAAAGUAAUCGGACCAACCAAGGAUUUGACCGUAAGAGCAAAGUAACUGAAACUAAUACCAAAAUAAUAAACUGGACCCACCUGAAGAUCUCCAGAUUUACAUUGAUCUUAUCAUAAUUGGCCACACUAUAAAAGGACUUCACUGGAUUGGAAAUCUGUGAUUGAAUUUUCAAAGCUGAAGAAUCUAUGGACUUGAGUUUCAAGAAUUUCCCCAAAAUUUCUUGUCCAUCAUCAGGAGCUGAACUUGGAACAUCUCUUGAAAAUUUUGGAUGAUUGAAAAUUGGGCUCAAUUUCCCAUUAUUCAGUGAGAAAAAGGAAUGUUUCAUUCAUUCAGCAAAUUUUUGAAUAUG